AUGUCGAGCAGCACCAGCGGCGCGACGACGCCCCCGAGCCCGUCCAAGUUUGGGAGCGCCGGUUUUCGAGUUCAAAAGCAGGGCGCAAAGGCAGGCUUGAGCAGGAAACAGUCUGUUGAUAUCGCUGGACUUCAGAGGAUGGAUGCCAGCCAACUCAACGUCUUGCCGUCUUACAACAGAGUAAACCAGCCUCAAAUGAGCCCCCCCGAUGGGUUUUCGACCACCACGUCCGAAGCGCCGCUUUACGGCUCCAUGAACACGACGCCAAGUGAAGGUUCGUAUCCGACAGAGGCCGCCAUGUUCCCCAUGUUUCCGUACGCCAUGGGACCUCCUAUGAUGCCACCCGGUCCCCUGACAGUUCCUGCUGCUGGUCACAAUGGAGCUUCUGCAGAUGGUUCUGUGAAGCCAGAAGCAGAGGCACCAAAAGGCUGCUGUGGAGGGAGCGGUGGUGUCGAAAGUCUGGGUGACGGCGUCUCGGUGCCUGCGCAACCCGCCCCUGCGCCCAGCACCAACGACAAUGGUGGUCACAAGCCGGGACCGAAGAGCUGCUGUUCGUCCACACCAGCCUCAUCUAGUCGGGAAAAGAAGCCAGGAGGCUUCAUGCCGCCGCCUGGCGUACCAUUCGCACCAAACGGGAUUUUAAUCCCGCCGUUUCAACAUCCCAUGGCCAUGGGGAAUGGUAUGUAUACCUUUUAUACCCAACCAAACAUAUUCAACUAUCCUCCGCAUUAUGGGUCUUAUUUGCAACCUCUUCAACCUGAGCAGUGGAGGCAGCUAAUGGCUGCCAUGGCUUUCCAGCAUGGAGGUAGCCAGGCGUUUGGCAUGACGGGACCUGUGCCAAUGCAACAACCGCCACCCACGCCUAACGGAUCAUCCUGGACGUCGCACCACUGCACGUGCGGCGACGCCUGCCAGUGUGUUGGAUGUGCGGCCCAUCCUUACAACGAUGCAACGCAAAGUUAUGUACGCUCUGCUUGGUCUUCCAUGAUGGACGAGGCACAAGAACCGCAUGCCCACACAGAAAGCAGCGGAGCUCACCCGAACGGCCAGAGUAACGGCGUCAACGGGGCGAGCGGACAGGCGGAGGAGUCGACCAAGACAGCUAUGAAUGGAACUACAACCCCAAGCAUGGCAAAUGGAGAGGGAACCUGGUCGCCUACUGCUCCUCAAACACCAUCCGAUGCGGCUUCCGGCCUGAGCGAGGAGCAGACUCUAUCAGCUAGCGACUUUUUCUUCGUCAGCUACCCCUUUGGCGACACCUGCGCGGGAGAAACAUCUAGUUGUCCCUGUGGUGACGACUGUCAGUGCAUCGGUUGCACGAUCCACAGCAACACUAAUGCGGCGCGAAGCCCUGACGAUGCUGCAGCGUAA